UCGGACAGUAAUUACAGGCGGACCAGUUGGUGACAGUAGAACAAGUCCUUGCCCUUACGCCUCUUUGCAGUAGAUUUGACCACAGUACGCUUAUAAAUUGCUACUUAAUUACACGGUUAUCAUCACAUCAACAUGUCUCUUGCGGCAGAAGCUUUCGUGUCGCAGAUGGCAGCUGCAGAGCCAUGGCCUGAAAAUGCAACUUUGUACCAACCACUGAAGGAAGAUCAGAUUUUGCUGUCAGACUGUGCAUCGUCUCUCGCUGUUCAGGCGUACCUCAGGAUGUGCGGUUUACCGGUGCAGGUUGUUUGCAGAGCUAAUGCUGAAUACAUGUCACCUUCUGGGAAGAUUCCCUUUAUUCAUGUUGGGAACCAGGUAGUGUCAGAACUUGGGCCGAUUGUGCAGUUCACCAAAGCAAAGGGCCACUCACUGAGUGAUGGCUUAGAUGAUGUUCAAAGAGCUGAAAUGAAAGCUUACAUGGAGCUGGUCAACAACAUGCUGCUUACUGCUGAGUUGUAUAUCCAGUGGUGCGAUGAAGCUACAGCUGCAGAGAUCUCACGUCCCAGAUACAGCAGUCCUUACUCGUGGCCUCUCAGCAGAAUCCUAUCCUAUCAGAAGCAGUGGGAAGUUCGCAGGAAGAUUAACGCUAUCGGCUGGGGAGGAAAAACCUUGGAGCAGGUUUAUGAAGACGUGAGUCAGUGCUGCCAGGCGCUCUCCCAGAGACUAGGAACACAACCGUAUUUCUUCAAUAAGCAGCCUACGGAGUUGGAUGCUUUGGUGUUCGGUCACCUCUUCACUAUACUGACAACCAGACUGACAAACAGUGAGCUGGCAGAGAGGAUCAAGAGCUACAGCAACCUGCUGUCUUUCUGCAGACGCAUCGAACAGACCUACUUUGAAGAUAAGAGCUCCUGAAGGACUGACUGUGCCAUCGUCUUGUACAUUCUGUCUUUCCGUCUCUCAUUCCCUCUCUGUAUCACUGCAGGAAGCCUGGUUCUGCCUUUCUCCCCUCUCUUUCUGCUUGUACAUUGUUGCGUGCUCAUAUCUGCUGCUUUACAAAAGGCAAAUGUUAAACUGAACAUCAGGUAUUCCGGAAAGGGUUUUUUUGUUUAUACCGAUCUGGGUAGUGUCAAAGUAGCUCAAAAUCCAAUAAAUGAUUAUUUUUUUGUUUAACAUUAUCUAUAUUCCACAAACUUAAACCAUUUACUAUAAAACCCAUUUUCCACUAUUAAAGGCAUUCAGUACUAAGGAUGAUAAUGUAAAUUUAUUCUCUAAAUACCCAAGCUACUGUCUGACUGAAGGACACCAGGAGGCUUAAGUUCAACAUUUCUCCUAAACCGUAAUUUUUUCUUUUUUUCUUUUCGUAAAUUUUUCAUUUCUGUUAUUGUAUUUACAAAUAACCACAGAUUCUGUAGUUUAGGGUGUGGAUUUCACAGCAAAAUGUAACAUUCAAAAGAUAUAUAAAAAUACAAAAAUAUGCACCAAAAAUACCAUGUUAUUUGUUCCUGGAUGUGACUGUGUGAACUGUGCCUACAGUUCAAUUCAACACAGUUUUGUUUUAUUAAAAAGUUUGUUUUGUCUACA